AGUAGUUUUAUGUACACCCUCAACUUCCCAUGACUUUUGCUGAUGAUUUGAACAACGGAAGUGCUGGUUUGUUUGUUGUUGUUCCCCUAAUAGGUUGUUAUGCGUUGAAUAAAAACGAUGCUUAUAUCAUAUUUUGAGAAGACAGAUAGACACACAUAAUGAGUGCACAAAAUAGCUAAUACGAUUAUUGACUGCUGAAUGGAAGAUUUGCAAAUUUGAGAAAAUCGCAAAAAUUAUAUUUAACCUGUCUACCAUGGAAAGGCAAAAGUUGCAUUUUAUGUAACUAAUCAACUGUUUGUGUAGAAUGUCCCGAGCAAAUUCGGUAGAAGUGAUAUGCGCUAUUACUUUCAAUUUGAGGUUCAAAAAUUGACGUUCAACCGUCGAUAGAACAUAACCUAGGUACCGUUUUAGACAAUCGGGAAUUUCUUGCAAUCAUGCGGGAAAAAGGCGGGAACUCGAAAAUGUAAAAUGAGUGGCCACCCUGGGAAAGCUUCAGGGAAUUCUGGCGAGGCGAGUUUACAGCGGUGGAUGGUAGUUUGGAGCAGUUUAUGACCUGUAGAAAUGUGUAAGGGACGUUGCGAUUUUAUUUUUACAUGUAAAUAGGCAUAACAAGAUAUUAUUGCUUUAUUCCCUCGAAAACAGUCGCGGGAAUUAAGCGAGCAAACUAUUGACGAAUAUUGUUACCAGUUUAAACAAUAAAUCUCUCGUUAAUUUCAAAUUUUAUUAAGAUGUGCGGUGACACUUACUACUUGAAGUGAAACAUUUUCACCUAGACCAAACUGUGUCUAAUAAAAAUCCGUGACGGCACACCUGCUCUCUCCGGUAAACUGUGAAGGGCGUGUUGUUUAUGUUUCACGGGACAGGCUCCUCUAGUGUGCAUUAAAUUUAUUCAUUUGAAUUAAUCAACCUCUGGUUUACAUAAAAAAGCAAUCAUCCGGAAAUUGGUCCACCCUCCUUACCGGUCCAAGCGGUUGGAAAAUACCGUCCCCAGUAUACAUUUCAAUGAGACUUCUCACUGUUUCGUCAACCCAGACCCGGUACAUUUCAAGGGCCCUCCGGCCCUUGGUGGGAUCCGCAUGGAGGUGACGGCCAGCAGUAAAACCACAUAGAGAAGACUAAAAAUAAAACCUCCCAUUCAUAUUAUUUUCCCAUCUCUCAUUUCCUUUGGGCAUUACGCGUUGGGAAACGGCUCUGACAUAAAUGUUUCGGUGGGAGAUAAAUUUAGCCGGCUGAGGAGGAGAUAGACGUUGGGAAGUCGGGCCCGGAGGCAUAGCAGGGUAACGCGACUGGCAUAUUGAACUAGGUCAAUAAUGUAUAGAGGGAAUCCACAUUCUGUGAACAAUACACAACAAUAUAAGACAAACCGGAUUUGUUAAUUUAGGCUCGCAAGAAAAAACCGAUGAAAUUUGUAGGUUGGACACUCCCCUAAGCAUAUUUUUCUAAUGGCAUCGUAUGUGCUUUUUUCUGCGAUGCGAUUUCGGCUGCAAGUCUGAUAAGAAAGCUUCAACUGUCUGCGAGUGAAUAUAUGGGUGGACGAUAACGGAGAAAAAGUUGCAAACAUGACUGCUUCUACGGAAUACAUAACGAUAUGAUUGUUAUUUCUGAAAAGUGACGAAUAUUUCUAUACUAACACACGAUCGGGCGGCGCGCUACCCAGUGAAAAAUGAUAAUUUUGAACUCUCUCGUUUGUACUGCCAUCAGGAUGGGAGUGUCCCGAGUUUGUCCGAGCAUUACAAUUCGGCCCAAUUCGCUCCGCUAGUCGUUGAUAAGUUUGUACAUCAAUAUUAAAAGCAUUUAUCCCUUAAACAAAUUAGAUAAUUGCCGUCUUAUAAUUGUGAAACACAUAAACUUGUACUAUUCUUUUGACGUUCAACAAAAAUACUUUCUGAGAAAUUUCACAAUCUUACAACCUCUCGACGGUCGGGUGACUACAACAAACAGUCAUUUUUUCAUACUCUCCGUUUACUACACAGCACCUUCUCUAUGUGUGUAUACUACUUAACUCAUCCCAAGAAUAGUGCGAUGCCGCCCGAUGAGCGGAGUGUAAUUUAAUUUAUUAAAUUUAUACGCCGAAAACUCGCCCCAGCUAGUGCGCGUAUAGUUGUAGUAAAUUUUGGUGCGCCAAGGCCAACCGCAACCCACGGGAAAUUUUCAACUUGUCCAAAAUGUUCGCGUAGUGUAGAUGUUGAAAUUCUUCCCCAGAAAAGUGGUGUGGAAAGUUGGAUUGGUUUGUUUUUUCAAAAAGAAGAAUAUAAUCACGAACGAACACCAACUUUUUUCUGCGUACAUGUAUUUGUCGAAUAAAACCGUGAUCAAACACAUGAAACUCGGGAAGACCACCGAAUGGGUCAUUCAAUGAGUGUCUGCUUCGGGCGAACGUUAGUCAUACAUGAUGUGAAGAACUGCUCUAAUCCAGAUUGUGACCCAGACCUAAAACCCUCGUCUGCCCGUGAACUAGAACACCUCAUCGAUAGGCUAGAGCGAAUAGUAGACCGCCUAGAACGUACCGUGUCAGCCCGUGAGCUAGAAGAAACUCGCCGUAUUCUGAAAGACGUCUGUGACGCGGGAAAAAUUAUAGUAUCUGACACUGUCACUACUACCGAAGAUCACAUCGCUGCCGCAGCGGAAGAGGAUACCAGAUUGUUUGACCUGAACUCGAACAGUGAUUUGCCAACGGUGCUUCCAUCGACACCGCCUCCAUCAGCGUCAUAUCUUCACCAGCAGCUGGACAGCCUCGAAGCUACACUCUUCCCCGUGCCGCCCACUGAACUAACUGCUGCUACCGAGCAUCAGCACUCCAUCGACGAUUCGCUACCAACGGUUAUUUCGCAAGUAGUACUAGAUAAUUCAAUUAGUAGUAAUAAUAGUAACGAUCAAGAGCAAAAUUCAGUAUUAGAAACAACCAACUGCUUACCACCGGACAACGAUUUCGGCUGCCCGAAAGACACCGUUAAAAAGGCAAUCAUGAGCAUUAACGCCUACGAAGACAUCCUUCUGGGUUCGUUCGCGAACUUCACAGCGCUGUCGAAUAAAAUCGGAGGAGACGUUGCUGCCCAAGCGGAGCUGGUCAAACAAGCCUUCAAUGCCCAGUUCUCGUUUGUGCGGACUGCAGCCGAAUGCAGCGCACCGUCCAACAAUAGUGACCUGCAGAACCUGCUCAAACCGACCUCGGAUAAGAUUGCCGCCAUUCAGAGCUAUCGUGAAUCGCACCGCACGUCGCAAUACUUCAAUCACCUCUCCGCCAUAAGCGAAAGUAUUCCCGCGCUGGGAUGGGUUUGCGUGGCCCCGACACCCGGUCCAUACGUCAAGGAGAUGAACGAUGCCGGUCAGUUCUACACGAACCGCGUCCUAAAGGAUUGGAAGGAGAAAGACUCAACCCACGUCGAGUGGGCCCGGGCAUGGAUCCAAACGUUGACCGAACUGCAGCAGUACAUCAAGCAGCACCACACCACCGGACUGGUGUGGGCUGGCAAGAACAAGCCGGCCACAGGUGGUUCCGCUAUUCCACCACCGCCACCACCCGGAGGACUACCACCACCGCCACCGAUGAUGCCACUGGGUGAUCAGGUCGGAGCCAGUGUAGGCGACGAUAGAAGUGCACUUUUUGCUCAAAUUAACCAAGGGGAAGAUAUCACCAAAGGACUUAAAAAGGUAACCUCAGACAUGCAAACCCACAAGAACCCUGGACUCCGUUCAGGACCGGCACCGUACAAAGCUCCCGCUGGAAUUAGCAACGGAACGAAAGCGGUAUCGGCCCCUGCAUCUGUUGCCAAGCCACCUUCCUUCACCCGCGAUGGCAAAAAAUGGCUAAUAGAAUACCAGAAAGGCAAUUCCAACUUAGUAGUGGAAAACGCCGAAAUGAACAACGUGGUGUACAUGUUCCGGUGCGAAAACUCUACUCUGCAGAUCAAGGGUAAAAUUAACAGCGUCGUGAUGGAUUCGUGCAAAAAAUGUUCGCUGGUUUUUGACUCUUUGGUUGCGUCGGCCGAAUUCGUCAACUGUCAGAGCAUGCAGAUGCAGGUCCUAGGCAAAGUGCCAACUAUCUCCAUCGACAAGACUGACGGCUGCCAAAUGUAUCUAUCGGCAGACUCGCUUGAUGUUGAAAUUGUCAGCUCCAAGUCUUCGGAAAUGAAUGUAAUGAUACCGAAAGGUAGCAGCGGAGACUAUACUGAACAACCAAUCCCUGAACAAUUUAAGACUACAAUCAAAGGACAAAGCUUGGCCACUACCUUUGUGGAAAGCCUGGGUUAGGCGCAAUAUGGCGGCAUGCAGGAACUUAGAAUUUGUCUACGAAAAAAAAAAAAAAGAAAAAAGCAAGAACACUGGAUAUCAUUUCAAAACAACUAACUAGUAAGAAGUAACAGUUAAACAAAUUUUAUAUAAAAUAAAACCCUACAUAGCAUUCAACGGCUCACUGAAAAAAAAAUCAUUACUCCUCUUCAACGCUAUCACUAGUCAAUCACUGUUUUUAUUUUUGAAAUGUUUCAAAUUCAAUUUCGAGCGAAAAAGCGACUGUUUCUUGAAUAUUUACUGAUGCUGCGUAGCUCCAACAGUAGUACCCUAUGAUAAUGGAACCAUCAAUGCUUAUUAUUCAAAAAUCGCAUUUAUACACAUCCUCCCAAUAUAUAGCUACAACUUCUAAUAUCCAUAAUAGAUAUAACGAAUUAUAUAUCCAAGUAAAUGAACUAAAAAUGAAUCCAGGAGCAUUCAAAGCUAGUUAAAUUUUUCAAAGUCAAACCUCCGCUUAAUUUCUUGAUGUUUAAUGAAGUAAAAAAAUGCAAACACUAGGUUGUUCCUGUAUUGUGCUUUUACCAAACAUUUUAUUCAGCCCCCAAUAGUAGCUAGUGAUACAUUGCUGUAGAAUUUUCAGCACAGAAAAUGCAUACACACAUACAUACAUGCGUACAUUACAUCUAGACGUAGCUAACCGAUUUUUAUUAACAUUGACAAAUAUUUAGCAAAAGAAAAAAUCAAGAAGAAAAACUAAUGAAGGUAGAAUAUGAGUUUAAAAGUAUUUCGCUAAGUGCGACACGGUCAUCGAGGCGAGUGUUUUAAGUAAUGGAUUAACAGUAAAAGAAAGAAGAGAUUUUUGAAACUGAUUUGUAUUUUAAUGCAGUAAACUGAUGAACAAUGAUGAUACAUUA